UGAAGCGGUUUGGUGCUUCCUUUCUUCGUAGCUUUCAUUCGUUUGGGGCUGCUGGUUUUUGCGUCCAUCCUCCCACUAUGCAGCGUGAGCCUGCCAAGAAGAAGCCGGAGAAGAAGGCUGAGAAGCGGCUGUUUGACGUCGCAUCCUUCGGAAGGGACCUGCUGGCCGGCGGGGUCGCGGCGGCUGUGUCCAAGACGGCAGUGGCGCCCAUCGAGCGGGUGAAGCUCCUCCUGCAGGUGCAGGCAUCAUCCAAGCAGAUCAGCCCCGAGACGCGCUACAAAGGCAUGGUGGACUGCCUGGUGCGGAUUCCCCGCGAGCAGGGUUUCUUUAGUUAUUGGCGAGGCAAUUUGGCAAAUGUUAUCCGGUACUUUCCAACACAAGCUCUAAAUUUUGCUUUUAAAGACAAAUACAAACAACUCUUCAUGUCUGGAGUUAAUAAAGAAAAACAGUUCUGGAGGUGGUUUUUGGCAAACCUGGCUUCUGGUGGAGCUGCCGGAGCAACAUCUUUGUGUGUGGUUUAUCCUCUAGAUUUUGCCCGAACUCGGUUAGGUGUUGACAUUGGAAAAAGUCCUGAAGAGCGACAAUUCAAGGGUCUAGGUGACUGCAUUAUGAAAAUAGCAAAAUCAGAUGGCAUAGUUGGUUUAUACCAAGGGUUUGGUGUUUCAGUUCAGGGAAUCAUUGUGUACCGAGCCUCUUACUUUGGAGCUUAUGACACAGUUAAGGGCUUAUUACCAAAACCAAAGGAAACUCCAUUUCUUAUCUCCUUUUUCAUUGCUCAAGUUGUGACUACAUGCUCUGGAAUACUCUCUUAUCCCUUUGAUACAGUGAGAAGACGUAUGAUGAUGCAGAGUGGUGAAGCUGAACGGCAGUAUAAAGGAACCUUAGACUGCUUUGUGAAGAUAUACCAACAUGAGGGAAUCAAUGCAUUUUUUCGUGGUGCCUUCUCCAAUAUCCUUCGUGGUACAGGGGGUGCUUUGGUGUUGGUGUUAUAUGAUAAAAUUAAAGAUUUCCUUAAAAUUGAUAUUGGAGGUGGUUCAUCAGGAGAGUAAAUUGAGAAAUAUGUGUACUUAAUUGUUAAACAUACAAAUUACAUACCUGCCAUGUAUAUGUAUACAUUUGGAUAGUAUUAAUAUCAUUAUUUUCUUAAAGUGCUAUUUCCACAAUAAAGCCUAAGCAUUUUUCAAAGAUUUAAAUACUAAAAAUCAGACAAAUGUGGAUUUCCCUCCCAC